UAUAAUUGACGUUGAGAGCUGUCGGUUAGUUUGCAAUGGCUGAAGUUGAUGAUGGCGGGGUGACAGCUAAUGAUGCUAGUAAUCCAACAACAUCAGCCGGAGGAGACACAACUAGUGAAAAUGGCCACAUACCUGCAGCUGAAGAGAGCGAAGGAGGCUACCUGAAAGUUAAUGUAGUUGGCGUUUUGGGACCUCGUCCUCCUUCUUCUCAGUCUAACCCCAACCCUGCCCAGCAGGGAGGGAUCAGGCCAAGGCCUCCAGUCCCACUGCCCAAGCCGAGACCGUACGAACUCCCGGGUCCCAGAACCACUGAGCCGGAGUAUACGUACUUGGACCCUCAACCCUCGCGACGUAGGGAUGCAGGUCGACAGGCACCACCAGAUGAGGUUACGCCUCUUGUCCCCCCACGGGGUGAACCAGUCCAGCCAGAACUAUAUGACCUUCAGAAUGCCGUGUGUGCUUGUCUUGGAAUUGGACGCCGCUACUCUGGGGUGUGUAUUUUUCUUUCGUUUCUGUUCUUUGCUGGUGGAAUCAUCAUCAUUGGAGUUGUAGUUGCAAGUUUGGCACGAGUGCCAGAGGGCACAACAAAUGCCAGGAUUGUGGGGAAUCUUUUGUCUGGUGUGAUAUUCAUACUCAUGAGCUCGUUCAGGCUACUUGCUAAGCUUUGCAACCGAGUCGGUGACAGGAGGAGAAAGAAGUGGCUGUUUGGAGGCCUGAUUAUGUAUGCCUGGUUUGUGUCGCUUGGCUAUGCUGCAACAGUGGGUAUCCUAGCGUCUACUGCUGACUAUUGCUUCUACUGCCCAAGCACCGACAGCUCAAGCUACUUUGUAAACAGAAUGACAUUUUGGGUUCUGGUGGGAAUGCUGCUUGUACCGGGCGCCCUUUCCUCCACUGUGAUCAUAUUUUUUGCAUGGUUGAAUUAAUUAUUGACGACGAACUUGGUUGUAAACGUAAACGCGCAUGCGCAUGAAUAAGUAGCUAGCUCUGCUCCGUGCUCCCCGUGUGUGGGUCUGGGUUGAGGAUGGCUGAAGAGAGAGCGCCAUUGCUGGCUGUUAACCUCACGGCACCCGAGUCGAGCGGCGAGUACAGUUCUACCAAACUAGUGGCCGAUGGCGGGCUGAAUUAUGGUCAACGCAGCACCAGGCUCAGGAAACGUGGUAGAGUGGGAGUGUUGGAGCAACAGGAGAAGGACCCCGAGAGGGCACGGAGAAGUUUCUGCCGCUCUUGGUGUGAAAUGUGGUUCUAUAUAGCCAGAUCAAGAGUAACUUGCUCAGUGUGUACUACAACCUUAUGGGUGUUUGGAGCUGUGUUGAUAUUGGUGACAGUUUUCAGUGGACUAGAUAAGUGUCCAUCACUAACCGGAGCAUCAGUGUUCUGUUACUUGAUGGGGAUUCUGUCCCUCUGCCUUGGUCUCCUCUGCUGCUGCUACCACUGGAUCAGGAGUGACGAAGACUUGCCCCACGCGCUGUUCUGCGUAGCUUACUGCCUACUACUGCUGUUCAUAUUCACCAGCGUUGCAGGAACAACUUCUGUCUUUACUCACUACAGCACACUCAGCAACGGAUCAGACUAUGAUAUUCACACUCAUAAGGAUGUUCCGUGUGGAUUUACUCACUUACCAGUUGGUGUGAUGGUCAUUUCGUUUGUCCUGGGCGCCUUUUUUCUUGUGAUGUCCUAUGUUGCGUGUGUUUUAGCUCUUGGAGCUACCAGUGACAUCAAAUGGUAAUCUUUAUCAGUUUCCCAUGAAGCAAACAAC